AUAUGAUCACUUUUCACAUGACCGAUGGUCAAUCGUCAUCGCCCGAACGCUGUCUUUUUAUGACAAUUUUGGGCUAAAAUACUAACUUUUAGUCCGUUUUGCGUCCAAUAGAUAUAGCCUUAAAAAUGGCGUUUUGCCGUGUGGUGUUCCCGUUAUUAGUUCUAAGUGUAAUUAGCUGUUAUGCAUCCAAAGUACCAGUGUUCAUGUGGGGCGAUUCGAUCAAGAGCUCCGUUAAAGCGAAUCCUCUUACCACAUACAGCAGUGAGGAAUUUGCUGCCGCAGUCGAGCAGGUAAUAGUACCGGGCACUCUGACUCUUGUUUUCAUCGAACCAAGACUGUCAGUAGAAGAUUUUUCACAGAAAAAUAGCAAUGGUGAAACAUCGUUCCCAUACUUGCAUGAUAACAUUGAUGAGGCAGUAUACCUGCCUAACGUGAAGAAUGCGGUGAAGGCCUUGAACCGUACUGCUGGAGACUCGGCCGCGAACAUUUACGUCACUGAGGAAUCGUCUGACAUUCUCGGACUAAACAAAUUGCACGGUGGUAAUUUCAUCUUCAUCCAUCUGAAUGACGCGCGCGACGGUGAGUCGCGGGAGGACAUGCUGCGCCGCCAUGAUGAUUUCAUGCACUCUACCAUGGGAGACAUGCCCGAAGAGCUGAACACUAUUGGUAUCUACACUGCUAACUACCCUUCAUGGACUAUCCCUGCCUCAAAGUCUCGUCCCCGCCGUGCUGUCGAAGAAAACGCAGCUAAAUCCCGUAUGUACACGGUGGACGGUCUCCGCAUGAUCACGAAAACCGUAAAAGUUAUUAGCGGUAAUGACUCAAGGACCUUAGGAGACCUUACGAAUCAUUCUUCCGAGCUAAACACUACAUAUGUAAACGCUACCUUCAUUUUUGACAAUACUACUCUGCUGCUGAAUUUCAAUGCUAAAGGAGGAUACUGGUUCUUCGACACAGUGGUCCUAACGAUUGGUGAUUUGACCGACGUGCUCUACCCUGAUGAGGAGGUGUUCGCUCUGGUAGACUUCUCUUACCGUUGUGCCCAGCACGUCAGCUUCUCCAGCAGGAACGAAACGAAGACUUACACUGUUGAUUUUGAGGAUUUGAAGGUCCAGCCAUUCUUCGAUAGCAAUACGACACAAGAAUUCGGUGACUCCUUCAACUGUGUCGGUUUCUUCUCUGCACCCAUCUGGGCUGGUCUGUUCGUUGUCUUCAUACUCCUCAGCAUCACCUUCUACGGAAUUAUGAUGAUGAUGGACAUUAGGACCAUGGACCGCUUUGAUGAUCCCAAAGGCAAGACUAUCACCAUCAACGCUGCCGAGUAAGGUUGUAAUAAGACGGUGUUUUAGUAUUUAGUCAGUUAAGUGAUGUUUUUUUGUAAUGACUUUUUGUUGAAAUGUCAAUCUGUUAUAUUUGGUAAUCAUGGGUAAUUUUUCUGUUUUAUAUGGCAACACUUUGUAGCCAAUGUUUGUGAUAAAUGUUUGUCUAAGAUUUGUCAAAUAUUUGUGACAAAUAUUGUUAAAAUUUAGUCUUUGAAUGUUCAUGUAUUUUUGUGAGAACUAAUUCUAAAACAUCGUUUUAAUUACAAUUUAGACUUAAAGUCAUGUUACUGGUGCCGUAGGAAUGUCAUUGUUCGCGUUCUGAGCUCAAAUCAAUUCCAAAACUAUUUAUUGUUAUAAUAUUAAUACCUAGAGGUUUAAGAAAUGAUUUUCGAUAUAUUUAAUAACUGUAACAACGGUGCCUCGACGCGUAGACAAUAGAUAAAGACUUAACGUUCAAUUCUAAAUUAAUCGAAUCGAAAGAACUCGAUUACUUUUUAUUCGGUGUUUAAAACGCAAAUAUAUACUCUUACCGCUUAUAUAAAAGCUUAUGUAUACUUUAUAUAUGUAGAAUUUAAUGUUAAGAGAGUUUGAGAACCGAAAAUGUGCCUCCGAUACAAAGAAACUUAGUGGGUGAUGAUAAUAUUUAUUAAAUAGAUAAAAAUAUAAAACGGGAGUGCGUAUUUAGACAUUGAAACAUUCCUAUCUUGUCAAAAUAACUGACUUAUGGAGCAAAACGGGCCAAAAAAUCAAUAUUCGAACUAACGAGCUAACCUUUUGAAUGCACCGAUAUAAGACACAAUAGGAAAUAUAUUGUGUCUCGCGUGGAUCCACUUAGACAGACGAAAGGUUAAAAUUGAUAUGAAAAUUUGCUCGAUACAAGUAUUAUAUUUUUGAAACUGCUGUAAAGUAAAGAAACUAAAUAUGCACUCCCUUUAUAAACUAAAUAGCCUAAAUUAGGAACCAUGGCCUUAUUACAAUGCAAUUAUUAAACACAACGAUAAUAAUAAACUAUGGAGCUUGUACUCAGCGCUUAGAUUUAGAAGGAAUUUAGGAAAAUUUUGACGAUUUGUUUAAGCUGCCUAAAAAGGAAAUGGCCUAUAAUAUUAUUACCAUAUACAUAAAAAUAGUCGUCGAAAUUUUUCUGCAAUUUCAUAGAUAAAAAAUAUUCAAAUCUUUUACCGACUUUUACGUAAAAUUGUAUAAUUAUAUGAAGAGUAAUAUGAAUGACAGAUGUAGUUUUGUAUACAGAAAAGUUGUUAUUGAAAAGAGAUCCCUCCAUUCUAGUGCCAAUUGUAUGUCCAUUACAUAAAGUUGGUAAAAUAAUAAUAUAUAAAAUAUAAUUGUAACAAAAAAUGUAUUUAUAAGAGUUACAACCUCAUUUGUAAGAUUUAAAUAUUUCCCGUUACAAUUUUUCCCCAUAUUUGGGUAACUUUUUUCGCUCUGACAACUCUGUGUGUGCCGCGAAAGUGAGUUGGCCAAAUAUUUUUUUGUAGUUUUUUUUUUCAGAUGUAAAUCCAUGGUUUUUUAGCUGUAAGCAUAAUCUUCAUAUUUUUCUUUUAAUUUGUAAAUAGUAUUGUUUUUCUGAAUUAUUUUACUGUUGUUUCGAAGUAUUAAAUCGUGAGACCAAUAUUU